AUGGAUCUGUUGCAAGACAGAGAGACGUAUUCGCCGGCAGGCUCGCGGCACCUUGCUGCGUGCGUCCAUGAGUGGCAUCCUGGAGAAGGGGUCGAAAGAAGGUCGACGAUCGAAGACACCAUGAGGAAUCCGCCAGAGAAGUUGGAGAUGGCUCAGCUUCCUCAGGGCACGGCCUUCAAGUUCAAGCCGUCGGUGGGAUCAUGGCUGCACAACAGGCCUUCUCAGGUCGCACCGCCACGACUCCACACUGUCUGCGGGGACUGCGGGGAGAUGGAGGAUCACGCCAAGGUGCCGGACACUGUGCCCUGGCCCCUGGCAUCUCUCGAGGACAUCUGCAGCAAGCAGCCGGACCAAGCAGCGAAGGAAGCUCAGGGCGAACAGGAGCAGGAAGAGCACUGGAACACUGCGGAGCCAGAGGCGUCGUGGUGGGACGCUCUCGGCUUGUUUGUUUGCUGCUUCGGCCGAGGCUACGCAUGA